ACGUCAAUGGAGAUUUGAGUGUAGACGGGAACCAAGCCACGAGAGGGCGCUGCUCGAGAUUGUCCCUUCUUUCCAUGGUUAUGAAUGAUCCAGAGGUCAGAGUUGAAUGUUUGACAGAAAGCUGAAUAUGGAUUCCAUAUUUCAUGAGAAACAAGAGGGCUCUCUUUGCGCCCAACAUUGUCUCAACAACCUCCUGCAGGGUGAGUAUUUCACUCCUGUGGAUCUGUCCUCCAUUGCUCAUCAACUUGAUGAAGAGGAGAGAAUGAGGAUGGCUGAGGGAGGUAUGGGCAGUGAGGAGUAUAGGACCUUCUUACAGCAACCAUCUGGGAACAUGGAUGACAGUGGAUUCUUUUCAAUACAAGUAAUUAGCAAUGCACUGAGAGUGUGGGGCUUGGAGCUAAUUCUCUUCAACAGCCGGGAGUACCAGAGCCUGAUGAUUAAUCCAAUAAAUGAGAAAGCCUUCAUUUGCAACUACAAGGAGCACUGGUUUACUAUACGCAAACUUGGAAAACAGUGGUUUAACCUGAAUUCACUGUUGACUGGACCAGAGUUGAUAUCAGACACCUAUCUAGCCCUUUUCCUUGCACAGUUACAACAAGAAGGUUAUUCCAUAUUUGUGAUCCGAGGAAACCUCCCUGAGUGUGAAGCAGAGCAGAUUCUUGGGAUCAUGAGGGUGCAGCAGCAGCAGCGACCAAGGCUUAUUGGAGAGGAUGAAGCCCAGACAAGUGCAGGCAGGUCAGCAGCUAUAAGCCAGGCGGAGAUGGCCUUUGGUGUGGAGGAUGAGGUUGUGGAUGAAGAUGAAGAGCUGAAAAAAGCUCUGGCACUCAGCAGACAGGAUAUCGAUGUGGAAGAUGAAGAAGCUGAUCUUCGCAGGGCCAUACAGCUUAGCAUGCAAGGAGCAGUGAUGAGCAACACGUCCUCAGAGUCUGAAAUGGGAAAUGUGAAAUCAGCAAGCCAGGCAGCAGGGAGUUCUGCGGGAGGACAAAGACGAGGCCAGAAUGAGGCGCUCACAGCCGAGGAACUGCGAAAGAGGAGACAAGCCUAUUUUGAUCGGCAGCAGCAACAAGCUCAGCCGAACAUUCCUCAACAACCGGACACUAAAUCAACAGGUGGCUCAGGAUCAGUUAACAUUGCUUCUGAAGAGGACCAACAGCAAAAGCCCAGCCAGUGAACGUGUGCAAGGUUUGCCUAUGUUGUUUACCAGCUGCCAGGAUUGGCAACCCCCCCAUACAGGGGUAGCUUUGCUCCUUCCUCUAACCUUUUGCACAUGCGGACAUAAGGACAGUCAGAAGGCUGACACGUUUCCCCUGGUUAGUUCGCUGACAGGCAAUAGAGAAGAGAACAACAACAAUGAAAAAUCAGCAGUUUGUCCCAGCUAACUCAGUGAGACACUGACGCUGGGAAAAGGGUGACCACAGAACUCAUGAUGCAGUUAAUCCAAGUUUGCAAUUGCCUUUUUGCCAUGGCGCCUUCUAUUUCUAUUGUACACUGUUUUUUAUUCUCGUUUUUUUUCUCCAGAAGAGAUGGAAAGGAGUCUUCAGCAUACAAAGGGUGUGUUUACUUGAUGGGAGUGAAUACAUACAGUGAAGGGUGUUCUGUGAAAGCCAUAGGACACCAAUGUUAAGACCACAGAUGGAAGUUUAAUAGAUAAUUACAGAGCCCUCUACCUUUUACAUUGGACUUGUGUUUGUAGGACAUGAUGUGAUUCCAACACCCACCCCGCCCGAACACCAGUUUAGUUCUGAAAUCAUUUCUUGUUCUGAAAUAUAUUUUAGCCAUCAGCACUAACGUGUGGGUGAUUUAUUCCUGACUUCAUCUUUGCUUAUGAAUGUCUAAGAGUGAACUCUCAAGGUAUUCCAAUAACAAGAUAUAGCUGAUGUUGUGGCUUAGUUAUUACCUUUAAGUGUACAAGUAGGCAUAAUGAAAUCUAAGAUUAAACGGCACAAAAUAUUUUGAUAGAUCUAUUUGCUGAAUUUAAGAUUCUUUUGACCGAUGCAUACUUUUCAUAUCUUGUCCAGAAUAAGGGGGAACAAAAAAGCAAUCUGUAAACACCAUGAAACUGCAGCUGAUGGAUAAUUACAUUAUUUUUAUUCCAGCACAGUGUGAUCACUUAAAACCAAAAAAAGGUCUGGCCUGUCCGAGCCGGCCUAGUAUAGGACUUCAUCUGUGGUUUCUCCUCAUCGGUAUUUGUCAUGAACUGUAUAGGGAAUUAUAAAGACAAUAUUGUAAAGAUUCUCCCUUUGACGUACCUCCACAAACAGUUGAUAGUUUUACCCUGAAAUGCUUUUUUUAAUUGCAGAUUUGACUUAUCGUGUAUUCCAAUAAUACUCAGAGCAAUGUUGUACACCGCAGUUGUAUGAAGAUGCAUUCAUUUGCACUGAGGCUGCCAUGGGUUAAAGCUAUGGGAGCCUUUGGCUGAUCAAUGACCUUCGGAAAUAACAGUAAAAUGGUGAGAACGAAGGGCAAGGUUCAUAAUGUUAUCAUUUAAAACCCAAAGAUGGAACAAAACAUCAUAAAUGUGUCACCCUACAUAUACUUUGAAGAGUUUUUUUGUUUGUUUUUUUUCAAUGCAACAAAUUCUUACCUUUUUUGGUUUCACAAUAAAUAAAUAAAUAAAUAAAACCCAAAAUGAUGUUACCACAAGUCAAUGUUGAUAGACCGCAUUACACCAUUAAAACAUUAAGAGUUUGAUUGCUGGAACCAAUGACCGUUCAGCAUGGAUAUAUCUUGAUGCCUCCACUAAAGUAUUGUAUGUCAUGCAAACUGACUUCUUGUGCUGGAUGACUUCCAAGAAAAUUCCAUGAUGUCUUUAUUGUUUUCAUUUCCUUUGGAUCUGUUAGGCUUUUGUUUUCUAUUUAAAACGCACUUGCGAAAGAGUAUAAAAUGUUGGUAGUUGGGUUUUUAUCAUUGCAUUGUUUUCACUCAUUACAUUCUUACAAUAAGUACUCUUACAAUAAGUUGUCAUAUUCCACAUGUUACCAUAGCACAUUUUUAAUUUUAUGUAUUAGGUCUUGUUCCAGGAUUAAAGUGACAUUCACUCCUG